UUUUGUGGGGCAGGUGGAAGGCGGGUUUUCCGCUCGGUGCUGUCGCUGUCUCCGGCGACCCCAGACGCGGGCCGUCGCCGCCGCCGUGCUGCCUCACCUAGCUUGGGUAGGAUCCUGGACACCAGAACCAAUGCACCUUUUAGCAGUUGAUUGCAUACUGCUCUAGAGAAGUCCAGGAAUGAUACAUUCUUGGACUGUAUUUCUCCACCCUGGAUUUAACUUUGUUCAUUCAGAAACAUCAACCAUUGCUUACUAUGACACACCAUAAGUGAAGGUCUGAUGGACAGACCCUUUCUGGUGACUGACUUUCUUCAUGUGGAAGUUGGAAGACAAAGUGAAAGGGGCCAGUGUCUGCCUCGGUGAAAAACUUGGCUCUCAGAACAUGGGCCCUCGUUUAAAGCUGCAGCUGUGAUCUUCGGCUGUCUGUUGGCAUUGAAAGGACCUGAUGUUUUACGUUAUUGGUGGAAUCACAGUAUCUGUGGUUGCAUUCUUCUUCACAAUUAAGUUCCUCUUUGAGCUUGCCGCACGUGUAGUCAGCUUCCUUCAGCAUGAGGACCGUGAGCGCCGAGGGGACCGGACUAUUUAUGACUACGUGCGGGGAAAUUACCUGGAUCCCCGGUCCUGCAAAGUGUCCUGGGAUUGGAAGGACCCCUAUGAGGUGGGCCACAGCAUGGCCUUCCGAGUGCAUUUAUUUUAUAAGAACGGGCAGCCUUUCCCUGCACAUCGACCCGUGGGACUGAGAGUGCACAUCUCUCAUGUGGAGCUAGCCGUGGAAAUUCCAGUGACCCAGGAAGUCCUUCAGGAACCCAAUUCUAAUGUGGUAAAGGUGGCCUUCACUGUGCGUAAGGCUGGGCGUUAUGAGAUUACAGUGAAGCUUGGUGGAUUAAAUGUGGCCUAUAGUCCCUACUACAAAAUUUUUCAGCCUGGAAUGGUGGUUCCUUCCAAGACCAAGAUUGUGUGUCAUUUUUCUACUCUUGUGUUAACCUGUGGGCAGCCACACACUCUUCAAAUAGUGCCCCGAGAUGAGUAUGACAACCCUACCAACAAUUCCACAUCGUUGAGAGAUGAGCACAAUUACAGUUUGUCCAUUCAUGAGCUUGGUCCCCAAGAAGAAGAGAGUACUGGAGUCUUAUUUGAGAAGUCAGUGACAUCCAACAGGCAAACUUGCCAGGUGUUCCUGCGACUCACCCUGCAUUCUCGUGGCUGCUUCCAUGCCUGCAUUUCAUACCAAAAUCAGCCAAUCAAUAAUGGCGAAUUUGACAUUAUUGUCCUUAGUGAAAAUGAGAAGAAUAUUGUCGAACGCAAUGUGUCCACCUCAGGAGUAAGCAUUUACUUUGAGGCUUACCUUUAUAAUGCUACUAACUGUGCCAGUACACCAUGGCACCUUCCACCCAUGCACAUGAGCUCUUCCCAACGCCGGCCCUCUACUGCUGUUGAGGAAGAAGAUGAAGACUCACCCUCAGAGUGCCACACCCCUGAGAAGGUGAAGAAACCGAAGAAGGUAUACUGCUAUGUAUCACCAAAGCAAUUCUCAGUAAAGGAGUUCUACCUGAAAAUCAUUCCCUGGCGCCUUUACACCUUCCGAGUCUGCCCAGGAACAAAAUUUUCAUACCUUGGUCCUGACCCAGUUCAUAAGCUUCUCACUUUGGUUGUGGAUGAUGGCAUUCAGCCUCCUGUGGAGCUGAGCUGUAAGGAGAGGAACAUUCUAGCAGCCACUUUCAUCCGUUCCUUGCACAAGAACAUCGGAGGCUCUGAGACCUUUCAGGACAAGGUCAACUUUUUCCAGCGAGAGCUUCGGCAGGUACACAUGAAAAGGCCUCAUUCCAAAGUUACCCUGAAGGUCAGCAGACACGCCUUAUUAGAAUCGUCUCUGAAGGCCACUCGGAAUUUCUCCAUUUCAGAUUGGAGCAAGAACUUUGAAGUGGUUUUCCAAGAUGAAGAAGCUCUGGACUGGGGAGGGCCGCGCCGGGAAUGGUUUGAGCUAAUCUGCAAAGCACUGUUUGAUACCACCAGUCAGCUCUUCACCCGAUUUAGUGACAACAAUCAAGCAUUAGUGCAUCCUAACCCGAAUCGCCCAACUCAUCUGCGCCUAAAGAUGUACGAGUUUGCAGGGCGACUGGUGGGCAAGUGUCUCUAUGAGUCCUCUCUAGGAGGAGCCUACAAGCAAUUGGUUCGUGCUCGUUUCACCCGUUCUUUCCUAGCCCAAAUCAUAGGACUGCGUAUGCAUUACAAGUACUUUGAAACAGAUGACCCAGAAUUCUACAAAUCCAAAGUUUGUUUUAUCCUCAACAAUGACAUGAGUGAGAUGGAGCUGGUCUUUGCAGAAGAGAAAUAUAACAAAGCAGGUCAAUUGGAUAAGAUUGUGGAACUCAUGACAGGUGGAGCUCAAACUCCAGUUACUAAUGCAAAUAAAAUCUUCUAUUUGAACUUGCUAGCCCAAUAUCGGCUAGCCAGUCAAGUAAAAGAGGAGGUGGAACAUUUCCUAAAAGGCUUGAAUGAGUUGGUCCCUGAGAACCUUUUGGCUAUUUUUGAUGAGAAUGAACUUGAGCUGCUGAUGUGUGGGACUGGUGACAUCAGUGUGUCUGACUUUAAAGCCCAUGCUGUGGUUGUUGGUGGCUCAUGGCAUUUCAGAGAAAAGGUCAUGAGGUGGUUUUGGACUGUGAUUUCCAGUCUGACCCAGGAAGAGUUGGCUCGACUACUUCAGUUCACAACAGGUUCUUCUCAGCUACCACCUGGAGGCUUUGCUGCUCUCUGUCCUUCAUUUCAGAUCAUUGCUGCUCCUACCCAUAGCACACUACCUACUGCACACACAUGUUUUAACCAGCUGUGCCUCCCUACGUAUGACUCAUAUGAAGAGGUGCACAGGAUGCUGCAGCUGGCUAUCAGCGAGGGUUGCGAGGGCUUUGGCAUGCUCUGACUAUUCUCCUGUCAUCUGCUUGAUUCUUUUGCUCCCAUUUAGAGCAUCUGGGCACAUGUUAUAGACAUACCACUGACCAUAACACACAUAACCAUCAGCCAGAAGAUACCGCAUGCUCCUCCUCUGUGUCUGGAGUAUUUUAUCACCUAUAAGCCUUGCCCUUACCUAAACCCUUCCCCACCCUUAUUUCCCACAGGCUGUUUUGACUUGGGACCUAAUCUGAACUCUCCAGUCAAUAAGAACGAGGACCAUGCUGCUGUCAUUUCAUUUGGUCCUUUGAAGAUCUCAAUAAUUCCAUUGCCUCAGUGGCUGAGGGGUAUGACACCAGGGCUCAGCUCUUUUGGGAAGCUGGCAUGCUUAGAGCCUUAAGUCAUGCUUUGCUCCAGCGCCCUCUGCUGAUACCACUCUGGUGUGCCUUUUUUGCCCUCAAUACUUGACUAUAUUGGCACGUGAACCCUUCUCUGGGUGACUUCAGCAUUGCUCAGCAGCAGCAGGAGAAGCACAGAUGGAAAAUGGCCUCCACAAGAAAUCUUUGUUGUUUUUUUUUAUUCUCAUGAGCAAUGGCAGGCAUGGGCCAUGGCACUGGAUUACCUCUAACAAAGACUGAUAGCACAAAAAGAUCUCUUUGUGGUGUCGGAACUUUCCCCACAGGCAUUUCUGGAAAGGAUCAUUAGUCCAUAAAGAAAAACUCUCUUAAGCUAUUUCUUGAACUCAAGCCAGUGAGAAAAGCAGUCAGACUGACAAAUGUGAAGGAUAGCUAGGCUUUAGCCUCCAGAUCUUGGUGUGAGUCUCCCUUGGGUGAGGAGCAUGUCCAGGCACAUAGCUGGCUCAAAGACUACUGAUACUUUUCCCUGAGCUUGUUCUUUGCACUGAGGUACAACUGCGCCUGACCACUGACUUCCAAGUUAUAUAGUCUAUUAAAAGCUGGAUGGUCUUGAGAAUUCUGCUGAAGAAAUUUCAGUAGCAGAGGACUGGGACAAUAAAAGUAGUGUGUCAGCAAUUCUUCAUUCUCUUGACUUGGUUUUCGUGGGCAGUGCUAAGGUAAGGAAACAGUGAUCACAGAUUCCUUGGGUGAGGCCACUGGGGACAGCUAUGGAGAGAAAUAUGUUAGGCAAAAGGGAAGGAAGCAAAGAGGGAGGUCCACUAUUGAGUCAUGAUUGAAGAGAACCUGCCAUUGUCUCUUGGAAGAUGACAACGUCCUUUUUCAUUUCUAUUUGAAUGAAAACAACUUUAAGGCUCAAAAUCACAUGGACUUCCCUAAGUUCUGUUUUUAAGAAGGCUUUGCUGCAAGCCACCAUUCCCAAUAGGGCACUCCACUCUGAGAAUAUUACAAGCCAUCUUUAUUGCCCAAACCAGCAAGUACACAGAGUCCUGAGACAAAGCAGGACUUGUGGCAAUGCCUUGGCCUCCUGGAAGCAUGUCUGAGCCCUCCUGUUCCCAGGGAUCAUAAGGAACAAGACCUCUGAGCUGCUACAGUUCCUGUCUGACCUCACUCCUGCAGGCAGCAUUUGUCCUUUCUUUGGCAUGGGUGCUGCCCUCACUCAUCCUUGGGGUCUGGGAUCCAGCAUCAGGGCCUCUGCACCCCAGGAUUCUCCAUGCCACAUGGUCACUGCUCUCAGGGACCAGGACUAGGUGCUGCUGCUUUCCCACAUUUUCCCCAUGGGAUAUGUACAGUCAUCACCCUGCCACCCACCCCUCAGGCCCAGAUGGGGCUUCCAGCUAGGGCGUGUGGGCUGGUUGGGCUGUUUUGGGGCAGUUGUUCCUCUUCGUGAUUCUGCAUUCUCCCCUCCAGCAGCCCUCCAGAGACUGAUGCUGGAGUUGAGUUGAUUUUCUUGGCUAGAUCAGUCAUUUUAAGCUAUAUUCAUGGCACUUUUUCAGAGUAUCCUAGGCACUGCUGCAGCCCAGCUGGGGCAGCUGCAUCCCCAGGGUGGUCUUUUGGCAUCAGUGUCUUAGUUUAACAAAACUUCUUGGUACUGCUGUGGUUUUCUAUUCCAGUUCUCCACACACA